UUGAAAGUCGAAACCAAACCGGUAGUACAUCGCUGUAGUUUGGGAAGCGUUUCAGGAGCUUGUGCCCCGCUGGGUGACUGUCAGUUAACGUAUCUGUUGGAACUCCGAGUGGAAGCUGAGAUUUACUUUGUGUUCCAAACUCCACACACGCUAGUGUGUUUACAGCAGGAUCCGGAAGUCGAGGAACUUGUUUUGCGUGUCGAGUUAUCGAUGCUAACUAGAACGCUAGCUGCGGUCUGGAAGACGAACAAUGGCUAUCGUCGCCAAAAGUAUGAGGACUGAAGGGGGUUGUUUCUGGACACGAACACUCUGAAGCAGUAACGUAAAUGUUCGUAUGCAGCCGUCGUUAAGCUGGAGACUCGGUCAGUUCAACCGACCAGACCUGCUUAGUGAGCAUAUCCGUAAUGUUGAGGUAUUGAAACAAAUGUUGCCAAGUGAAACCAAAUACAUGUGGACAAGUCAAUUGAUCUACAAACGCUGUAAGGUCAACUAGGCCAUUGUAAGGAAUGUCGUCUGUCCGUUGAACUGGCCUCAAACACCCUCAUGUGUGUCCCUGGUCUGAGGACGUAAUUUUCCCUGGCCGAAACCUUGUGAACAAGUAGAACAACUUCCUAGCUGCAUUGGCAGUGCAUGCAUACUUUUUCCAUGUGCUCACAUAACCGUGCAGUCCCCUGACACAAGAAGAGCAGAGAACUGAGCAGCUGCAGGCUUUUCUACAACUCCAACAAGCUCACUGAGAAAGGAUGACAGCUGUGGUAGGUAGAGCACUGGGCUGGGUAUGCUCAUGGGGCAGAAGUGUGGCAUCAGACAAUACCUCAGCGGUAGUAGCCAAGGGGCAGGAGCAUGGCUGUGGCAGCCAGAGCCACAGGGGGUGGACCUCUUGGCUCUGGGAUGGGUGGAGAUGUCAAAGUGACCAAAGUUCUCCAGUCGAGGAGUACUGGGAGGCCCAGGAGAGGGUUCCGACCUUGGAAAUGGAAGAUCUCUAUGCAGGGAAGCAGAAGACCGUGGUAGAUGCAGGACAAGUUUCAAGAUGGUGGAAUAAAUAUCUCCCAACUUACAUUUUGUGGCCAAGAAAAUCAGAGCCAAACGCACUAAGCCAAAGGAAACAUGAUGGUCUGAGUCGAGGUGCAUGGGAUCAUGAUGUUGAUGGGGACUUUUCUGACUACAUAACGCCACCUCCGUCUCCUACGCCUCCUUCCUCUCGGCUGACAUCACCUUUUCGAUUCUUUGCGGACAGCUGGAAGGUGGAAAUCCUUCCGGAGCACUACGAGAUCAGUUUCAACUUCCUCCGCCAUUUGUUUGACCUCUUAGUCGUUGGUUUCCUGUGGACUGUGUCUCCUCCCACAAAGCUGAUCCUGGAGGUGUUGGGAGUCCAGGGAGCACUGCGGCUGUGGUUUCAUGGUAUGGCCAUGUUUUUUGUCUCCACAGUUGGAAUGGCAGGAUUACUCUGGUUGAUCCAGGAGUAUCUCUACCAGUUUGCUUUGAUCUAUGGCAUCAUACAGGCAGUGGUGAUCUCUGUCAGUGUUCGACAGAGUGUGAUAACCGGCGUGGACGGAGAAGAAGAAGAUGGAAAGGAGGAGGAGGGAAAAGAGACUAACGAAAUGACAGAUUGUAAGAAGCAUACAGAAAAACUUGUGUCCAUUGAGGACAAGGUGAAGACGAGUUAAACUCAUGAUGCUGAAGUGUCUGUCCAAUCAGCUGUAAUAGACCUGGUCCGGGUGUCUGACAUCACAGCAGUUGGACUACACACGGACUGAUUCACUUCAUUACCGGGUUCUGCAGUGUCUUGCUAACUGUAUUGCACAUUCAUUGCAAAGUCUUAUGUCACUUUAUGUUCAAAGAUAUUGGUCUGAAUUUUAUACAUGUCUGUCCUCAUGUGAUAACAUUGUAAUCCCAGAAUUUUUACAUUGAAAGCCAUAGAAAGGUCUUAUAUCUCUUUAAGUAUUUAAAUACUAUAAUGAAAUUUAGAAAUAAGUGGGUCCACUAAUGUUCAAGAAAUCCUUGCUAAAAGAAAGAUUUCCUGUAUUAAGGGAAUACUGCAGUUUACCCUGUGUACUACCUGUGCUGUGGGGCUAAUUAAGUUGUAAUACAAUAUAAGACAUUACCUGAUUUAGGACCUUUGAUGCAUUCUGGGCGAGAGAAGAUGAACCGGAAACCACCAAAUUCACAGCAACAAGAAAAUGUGGGUUCUCGCAAUAUAGUAAAAAAGUGUUUGGGGACAGAGAAGUAUUUAUGCUUGUGAGGAUUCAGCAGAAGCUCAGAAAUUCAAACAGCUCUUACUACAACCAGAAUAUCAAGGUGACUCUGAAGGUCAGGUCACAAGCCUCUGAAUGUUCCCUGAGUGAACAGAAUUGUAACAAUCACCAUAGCAAACAAGGGAACUGCUCCCACACAGACUCAUGUGCUCACUUUAUGUUGUGAAAUGUAGAUCCAUUCUUAAGUCAACAGUGAGUGAAUUUGGAAUCACCAGGCUCUAUUCAAUAUGAGUUUCAUUUUAGCAACAGACUAGUAUCCAUUGGUUCAGAAGCUUGAAGUGAAGCUUUUGUCGUUUAAGGUACAGUCACAUUAGUCAUCUGUCCCUGCAAAUAUUCAACCCCACUUUAAUUUCCGUCAAACUAAAGCUUGUGCUUUAGUUCUGCUAGAAACUGACUCAUUUUUUUGGAGAAGGAGAAUUAGUUAUUCCAAUACUACAUCAUCACAUAGUUCCGAUGAUUCACCUUUUGGACUGCAAACUAGAAUAUCCCUCUUACACAGUUUACAUUCUGUUUUUAGUCUGCUAAAUAUUGAUUAACCCCAUCAGACCUGUGAGAGCACAUUCCUUUUCAGGGUUGAUAUGUCGAACAUGGGCUGAUGUAAAUGUACCAGGAGAAUGGAUGAACAAGUAGCAACCACCACUACUGACCUGCAUGUUCAGACAUGUCAGUCAAGCACACACACACACACACACACAAGGUGAUACUUUAUUAAAACCAUAAGAUCUCUUUCGCUCAGCAUUGACCUGAAAUUUGGUCUUUAAAACUAAAUGAAUGAGUAUCUUAAGACGGAUACAUUGGAUGAAAUUCUGUGUUUUUUUGUUUUUUAUAACAGCCAUGGAGGAAUUUGCUCCAGUGCUCACCUUUGACCGUUGCUGUUUGUUCAUGUCCACUGGUCAAACUGUUUUGUACUAUAUAUAUUUUGACACAUUGAAUUUAAGAAGAUUAUGACAGCCCUGUAUGACCUGUGGAAAAACAUAACCACAUACACUAUGUUUCACACCACAGUGAGAAUAUAUUUAUAUAAUUCUUCUCAAAGAACAUAACACUAUUAAUGUUGCUUGAUGUAGGAGAGACACUAUCUGCAUAGAGUUUAUAAGAAUGGACAUGCAAUACCAGCAGCACAUACUCAUGUGUUAUCUGUAUACUCUUGUAAUUGCCUUAUGACAUUUUCUGUGCAGUGAUAUUGUUUGUGUGAAACACUGAGAAUGUAAUGCUAUACGUUUUUGUCUUGUCAUGCUUUCAAUUCAAAGGCAUAACAAUGUAGAGUCCAGCAGUGUAAUAUGUUCUAACUGCACAGAAACAUGUUUUGCACACAACGCUCCUGUUGUAUGCAACUUAAUUUGACCGUCAUCAGAUAUUCUUUCUACAGCAUGCACAGUUGUUGGUUACCAUUAUAACAGCCUGUGGUUGACGAUAUUGAAAUGAACAUUUCAUGUGUUUGAAAGGUGAUUGUUCAUUUGUAUGCACAGUGUAUGGAAAUAUUUGAAUAAAAAAUUCAUAACUAUAGCAGAAAUAAAAA